UCGUUCAUUCACAUAAACACCUUAAUGUGGAUAGUGAGGACAAAACUCUAUUAGGAUUUGAGUCUGAUUCUCUUCAUCUCCAAAAUUCUACCCUCCUUGGUAAACACCAAAAGUAAACACCAAAAAUACAGACACCAUCUAGAUGGUUACCAUUACCAGCCUUUCCUUUUUUCUUUCAUAUCCCAAAUAGAAAAUAAUCACUUCUCUUCUUCAUAAAAGGACCCAUCUUCAAGAAGAAACUCACAGUGAGUUUGAGGGUUCCAAACUAGCUAGUGGAGUGUGGAGAGAGAAAUGAAUUUCAUGGCCUCAGAAUAUAGCAGUGGGUGUGAGUCUGGGUGGACUCUGUACUUAGAACAAUCUUCUGUUUCUGCAAGGCAACCCGAGUUCGAUCAAAUAGAUGAUGUUUGUAAAAAGUACAAAGAGAAAAGAAGUCAUGUAGUUGAAGAGGUUGAUGAUGAAGAAGAGGAGGACUCAUCAAUGGUUUCUGAUGCAUCUUCUGGGCCUCCACAUUUCCAUGAGAAUGAUGGCUUCUUCAGCGAGAACAGAUAUCAGCAUUACCCUGCAUCGGAAGGUACUGCACUCGUUCAACCCAGCAGCAAACGGCAGAGAAACAAGGAGCAUCAACACCGGAAAGAUCAGGAGAUGUUUUCUUUUCUUGAUGACACUGCUAGCUCUCCCCCCAUCAAAUUUUCCCAGAACAAUUUGGCACAUAACAACAAUCAAUCUUCCAUGGAGAGUGUCUUGGAUUACUCACAUGGAUUCUCUGCAACACAUUUUGAGGAAAGGCCUCUAUUCCAAGACCACCGUUGUUUCUUCCAGUCUUCCCUGUCUAGCAACCAGAUGCAAGGAAACCAGUGGUAUUAAGGAAAGAAUAAGGAGCUGAGCUGGUUGCAUCAUUGCUUCUGCUGCAGUUGUUGAUGUAGAUGUUGCUCCUAAGAGUAAUGGAAGAAGGGUAGUAAAAAAUUGAAAAACAUAAAAGGGAAACAAAGAAGAGAAAAGGAAGAAUUGGAUCUUAAGAGGGAUCCCUUUUAUCGCUUUUCCUGCUUCUGUUUUCUAGUUUUCUUUUACCAGCCAAUGACAUGGGAAGCAACCUAAGAGUAUAAGUUGAAAAUAAAAAUGUCAUGUUUUCAUUGUAUGAUUAUUUGUGAAGCAAUAGUGGGGUACAAAUUAGCUUAGUCAUAUUUGGACUGCCUCACCGUAAUUAUGUUGUCUUUAUUAUUGAUAGAGCCCCAUGCUCUCUUCAUAUCUCCACUUGCAGUCUCUUUAAUUCAACUGAAAUAAAGUACUUUAAAUAAA